UUAGGGGAAGGAGGAGGGAGGAGAAGUUUCCUGUGUGUGUGGAGAGAGGAGCAGGAGUGAGGACGCUGGUGCUGGGCUUGUUUUUCACACAUCAGCUGCUUGUUUUUUAUUUUAGAGUUGGCAACAUUGGACACAACACAUUUCAGUGGAGGAGGUGACGGUGACCGGCAUUGAGGUAACUUAAGGAGCUGGAGUCCCACUAAGAAUAGAAGACAAGGCUGUGGAAAGAGACGGGAAAGGCUCCUUGUUCCCUAAUCUAGCCAACUAAAGAUAUAAUUUCUUCUUAAGCUUCUGAAUGGUUCAAAGAAACGAUUUUCAUUUUCUGGAUAGAAGUUUUUAUCCAUUACAUGAUGAGUCUUACAAGAGAGAGACCACAUCUGUGCUCUGAGUGUGACAGAAGCUUUACACAUAAAUCAAAACUUAUCAUACAUCAGAGGAGUCACACAGGAGAGAAACCUUUUAAAUGUUCUGAAUGUAGCAAGUGUUUUUCCCAGAAGUCAUAUCUUCUCAUACAUCAGAGGAGUCACACAGGAGAGAAACCAUUUACAUGUUCUGAAUGCAGCAAGUGUUUCUUCCGGAAGUCACUUCUUCUUAUACAUCAGAGGAGUCACACAGAAGAGAAACCAUUUAUUUGUUCUGAAUGCAGCAAGUGUUUCUUCCGGAAGUCACUUCUUGUUAUACAUCAGAGGAGUCACACAGGAGAGAAACCAUAUCUGUGCUCUGAGUGUGACAGAAGCUUUACAUGUAAAUCAUAUCUUAUCAGACAUCAGAGGAGUCACACAGGAGAGAAACCACAUAUGUGCUCUGAGUGUGACAGAAGCUUUACAUGUAAAUCACAUCUUAUCAGACAUCAGAGGAGUCACACAGGAGAGAAACCAUUUGAAUGUUCUGAAUGCAGCAAGUGUUUUUCCCAGAAGUCAGAGCUUGUUAUACAUCAGAGGAGUCACACAGGAGAAAACCCAAUUAUAUGUUCUGAAUGCAGCAAAUGUUUUACCAGGAAGUCAUAUCUUGUUAUACAUCAGAUGAUUCACACAGGAGAGAAACCAUUUACAUGUUCUGAAUGUAAGAAGUGUUUUCCCCAGAAGUCGGAUCUUGUUAAUCAUCAGAGGAGUCACACAGGAGAGAAACCAUUUGAAUGUUCUGAAUGUAGGAAGUGUUUUUCCCAGAAGUCACAUCUUGUUAUACAUCAGAGGAGUCACACAGGAGAGAAACCAUUUAUAUGUUCUGAGUGCAGCAAAUGUUUUUCCCAUAAGUCACAUCUUGUUAUACAUCAGAGGAGUCACACAGGAGAGAAACCAUUUACAUGUUCUGAAUGUAGCAAGUGUUUUACUAGAAAGAAAACACUCAGUAAUCACAUGCGGAGUCACUCUGAGGGCCUGAAUGCAGCUUGUGUAUCAUAAGUAAUGUAACUUAUCACAACUAUAUGAAUUCAAUGGAGACCAUAUUUAUUUUCUGAAUGUAGCAAGUGUUUUACUAGAAAGAAAACACUCAGUAAUCACAUGCGGAGUCACUCUGAGGGCCUGAAUGCAGCUUGUGUAUCAUAAGUAAUGUAACUUAUCACAACUGUAUGAAUUCAAUGGAACCAAUAUUUAUUUUCUGAAUGUGACAAGUGUUUUAUAUAAAUGACUCUUGAUAAAGACAGCAGAGGUCAGACAAGUGGAUCUGGAGGUACUUUUCCCCUUGGGAAGGUCUCUGUGUUAGGAACUAGAGCUGCAGUAUAACAAUAGCCAAUGACCGUGGGACUGCCAUUACUGAGCUCUGUAAUAUACAGCUGUUCUGCUCAUGCAGGUGCUGGGACUAGUAGAGAGUUCCAGCAGCUCCUUUCAGUACUGGGAUUCCUUCUCUGACCAGCAGGGCUAUGAGUGCUGGGUAUUUCUACAGGAACAAUGUAUGCUGUUCUGUUUCACCGUAUGGGUUAUUGUAUGGGGUGUUAUUUUUAACCACUUUUUAGAUGCCAUUUUGUCCAUGUUUAACUACAUUUUGUAUAUGUAUGACCUCCUUGCUUUAAAUACUGUACAUACUUUU